AUGCUGGCGAACCAGUCGGGCGUGGCAGCACCGCUUGCGGCUUUCUUUCAUGGACCGGAGCUGUGGGCCAGAGACGUGGGAGCGCAGCGCGCCGCCUCGUGGAAGGCCAUGCUCCUGGAUGGGUUGAGCCCACAGGUCCUGGCCAAAGAUUCGGUGUGCAAUUUUCUCCAAGCGCCUUGCCCAUACGAUGCUGUCAUCGGCCGUGACCUGGCCCGGACCUUGCCACAGGAGCCGCUGUUUCGACAGCGCAACGGCAAGGGGCAGAUGAUGCUGUUUCGCAUCUUGAGGGCGCUGGCGGUGAAUUUGUGGGACAUCGGGUAUGUCCAAAGUCUCAACUUCGUCGUUGCGACCUUGAUCGUCGUUCUUGCUGAAGAGCAGGAGGAUGUGAUUUUGCACUGCGCGCAAGCGCUGCUUUUCCGCCACUCGCUGGCUGACUUCUACAGGCCGCGGUUUCCGAAAUUGGGUGUGACGGUGUGGCAGUUCGAUCGCAUGGUGGAGGCCUUUCUGCCAGACGUCCACGCAGUUCUGCAAGUGCAUGGCGUCACAUCUGAGUACUACGCCAUGCAGUGGUUUCUCACGCUCUACGCCAGCGACCUGCCGCAGCCCACCGUCCAACGCAUCUGGGACAGAUUUCUCUUGGUGGGCUGGCAGGUGAUCGUGCAGGUUGGCCUGGCCUUGUUGAAGCAGGUUGCAGAUGUGCUGCAGUCCCUUGACAGCUGUGAGACCUUGACCUUCCUGAAGAAGUUUGUGCGCAUGCGAAGGAUCGAGCCUGAAGUGCUUUUGACCUAUGCCACGCAAUUUGAAGUGUCCCACCGCAUGCUCUCGGAGUUAGAGGCCGCCUAUAGCACAGAACAGGCUGAUCCCAAGCUGGUCCUCUCCUGGCCCGGAGGUGAACUUCACUGGGAGGUGCGGCGCGAUGCGCCCAGCGAGGCCUUGGAGCCCCAAGCUGUGUCCGGAGCCGGAGCUGGGCAGGCCACUGUCCUGCCCUUCCUUUUGCACAACCUUGACACUGGGGAGACCACCAUCCUCGAAGAGGAGUGGAACACGUGUAUUUGGGAGAGCGGGCCGAACCUGUGGCUUCUCGCCGGCCGAACUGCCAGCAGGCGGCCUCUGGGCUGGGCGGGCACUGGCUGCAAGGCCGCCAGCGCGCGCGCCUCGGAAAGCUGUAGGUGGAGGCCCCAGGUCUUGGAGCGCUUCCCGGGGGAGCUGCUAGAUGUUGACUGCGUGGAGGUGCGGAGCUCGCACGUGGACUGGGCGGGACUCAGGCGCCGAGUGCGGCAGCUGGACGCGGACUGGCAGGUGGCAGAAGAGAAGCAACAUGAGGAGAGAGCCGGUCCAGGCAAGGAGAAAGGGAAGAAGAUAAAGGAGAAGAAGAACAAGCAGGAGAAAAAGGAGAAGCAGGAGAAAAAGGAAAAGCAGGAGAAAAAGGAAAAGCAGGAGAAAAAGGACAAGAAGGAGAAGAAAGAGAACAAGGAGAAGAAGGAGAACAAGGAUCCCAAGAGAAAGCGCGACAAGGCUUUGGACCAGAAGGAGCCGCCACGUUCUGGCGGAGCAGAAGCCAAGGCGCCCGGGCGAUCCACAAGGGCCCGGACCGGCAGAGCGGGAGUAGAAGUUGCGCGAGAGCUCAAGUUGGAGGGCGACGCUCUGGAGGAGGCGGACUUCUGGGAUGCGGUCGGCACAGUAGUGGAGGAGGCGCAGGAGGAGCUGGACGUGAACGUGGCCGCAGGGUCGGAGGCAUGGGACGCUGUGGAAGAUGACCAUGACAUCAUCCAGGUGCCUGCGGCCUCGGCGGGCGAGGUGGCCGAAAAGCUACCGCUGGUGGCCUCCAUUGUGCCUGGGUGCAGGCUGGCGCUGCAGCAGGGCACGCUGUGGGUCUCCGGCCCUGCGAGCUGUCGGCUUCAUGCCAGCGACUGCAUCCGGGCCAUCCUAGAGAAGCGUUUGGUGACGGAAGGCCGGGGCAACGUCACCACCGUGAGCGUGUUGGCGGACUGGGCGAAGGAGUGGAAGGGUCAGGUGGAGAUGGAGAAAGAGUUGCAUGUCAUCAUCAUCUUCGAGCAGCUGGAAGGGCGUGCUGCUUACAUGCGCGGGCAGCUGGCUGGACUUCCUAGCUGGCACAAGACAUGGCAAGGCAAAUGGAUUCAGACCUAUCAGCCAGUCAUCGUAAAGAACAUCUCACCGGGCGGCGGCAAAGCGCGGGUCACCUGGUGCUGGGACGGAAAGCCUGCAGACACUGACACCUCCCAGUUGCAAGCCGCAGUGCGGGUCCGCAUAUUUGGCAGGCCCUAUGAUCGAGCCGUCGCAGUGGCCCGGCUGCUCGCCGAAGCUGACCAGGAGGCCACGGGCCUCAUGGCCUCGCAGAUCGCUGCCUUCCGCCACGACAAGGGCGAGACCUUGGACGGUGGCCCAGGAAAGGGUCUCCAAGACUUCAACCUGGGCUGCAACGAGCGGGAGAUGAUCCGCUUCUACCAGAAGGGCGACUAUCGCAAGGAAUGGCAGUACAAAGAAAUCCUGGCCCUGGCAACAAGCGUCACUGGGUGCCGCACACUUCAUAUCUUCAGGCGACCAGCUGAUACGUCCACAGAUUUCGGCGGAUCUGGGGGAUUUUGCCUCGCUGCGGUCGGCAUGCGGAAUCAGCGAUGGAUGGCCGCGGAGCUGAUCAGGAUGCAGAUCACCAUGGCCACCGCCCAGGGCUUCGCGGGGUCUCUCCCUCCGAGACUUCGAGGUGAGAGCCGCAUGAUGCUGGUGCCCCUGCAGGCGGUCUAUGCCUUCUGGGGCCGCGACAGGUGGGAGUACUUCAAGUUGAUGAAGGACACGCAGACGUUGGUCAUCCCGGUGAGGGAAGUCAAAUGCAUGGAAACAGAGAAGAGGGACAUUGAUGAGGUGGAAGACUUUGUCGCCAACAUGCACCAGGUGCAGGAAGGGAUCGAAAUUGCUAUCUUCGGGGAGCAGCUGAACCAGUGCAAAGCGAUUCUCCAGACGCAGGUCACCAUCGAGAAAAACCUUCCGGGCUACGUCAUCAGCACCUUCGCGCCUCAGGAGGCCUUGGAUCCUACAGAGGGCAUAGGAAUCGACAAGCUGCGCUUGACCUUCGACUUCCAGGAUGAUGUAACCUCUGCCAAGGCCGACAUCUUGACUGAAGCUUCCGGCUGCUUCUGCGUUGCUUGGGGCAGCCUGCUUCUGCUCGCGGGGACGCAGGCACAGAGGCGCCGCGCCGCAGAAUAUGCCAACCUCAUGGCAGGGAGGCGUGACAACCAGUGGCCUCACGCGCGGGAUGCCGAGAACAGACAGGAUAUGGCAGUUAUGUGGGUUAAUGAGGACGUGAGCAGGUCCAAAUGGUUCAAGGAGGACCUGCUGAAGACGCUGAUGGCCGAGGAAGGGGUCUGCGCUUUCUUCGAUGCAGACUUCAAGGCAGACAGCAACGAGAGGCGGCUGAUCUUCGCUGGCGUGCGAGUGGGAACCGACAACUUUGACUGGGAUUUGGUACAGGAGAAAGCGCAGCAAGCCGUGCAGGCGGCAGAAGAUUACAUCAACGGUAGGUCCACGUCAUACAAUCCCACUUCGAAGUGGUGGACAGGCAGAAGGAUGAGCUGGCAGACCACAAAAGACAAGAAGAUGACCACAUCCCAGGGCUAUGGGGGUGAAAGUGAAGUGCAGAGCAUGGAGAUCAGUGACGAACAAGAAGCCAAACUGCUGCCGUUCGCGCCGGCCACGCCAGCCUUGCCGGUGUCUGCGCCUGAGCAAACUUCACAUUCGAUAGCGCCGGUGACCCCUGCUGCCUUUGGGCCCCACGGGGGCGCAGCGCCGCAGACGCCCAUGCCCAAAAUGUCACCUGCGCCAUGCACUCCUGCUGGCUUCGGGCCCCAUGGAUCGGCAGCACCUUCAACCCCGGCCCCAGGCGGGGCACAAGCGCCACCGCCUUUUGCACCCAACACGGCUGUGCCGCCCCUGACGCCAGCGCCCCAUAUUCCAGGGCCAGCAACGCCAGCACCUGGCGGCAGGUCGCGUGUGCCUGAACCAGCCUCACCAGCACCUGGUAGCAGAUCUCGUGUGCCCGAGCCCGCUACACCGGCAUUUGCGGGCACAUCGCGUGUGCCUGAGCCCGCCACGCCAGCAUUUGGUGGCAGGUCACGUGUGCCUGAGCCAGCCACGCCGGCACCUGGCGGCAGAUCGCGUGUGCCUGAGCCCGCCACGCCAGCAUUUGGCGGCAGGUCACGUGUGCCUGAGCCAGCCACGCCGGCACCUGGCGGCAGAUCGCGUGUGCCUGAGCCCGCCACGCCAGCAUUUGGCGACAGGUCACGUGUGCCUGAGCCAGCCACGCCGGCACCUGGCUUUAAAUCUCGUGUGCCUGAGCCUUCCACGCCAGCAUUUGGUGGCAGGUCUCGUGUGCCUGAGCAUGUGCCUGAGCCAGCCACGCCGGCACCUGGCGGCAGAUUGCAAAGUGGCGUUCCUGAGCCUGCGACUCCCGUAUUCCGAGGGGCUAUGACUUCGGCCGCGGCACAGCGGCCACCACCCGAGACACCAGCCACCUUACAGGCAAGGCAAAACACAAAUUCCGGCUCAGCAACACAGGCAAAUGAUCCGACGGCAAGGAAUCCUCCGGCUGCUCAGAGCUCGGCUGAACCCUUGCCCCCAGGUUGGCAGAGGUGCAUCUCCAAGACUUACGGAAAGGCAUACUACUUCCAUGCCGAGCUGAAGAAAUCCCAGUACGAACGGCCCACUGCCUAA